CCGGCUAGCCGGCGUGCCGCGCCCCCUGCAGGAUUCUGGACGCCGCGAGCUCCGCCCCGCCCUGUUUCCCCGGCAGGUGCUUCUCCCUUGACAGCAAGCGGCGGCUCGGCCACUACCUGCAGCACCGGCCUGGCACAGUCGGGACCCCGCGAUCGGCUCUGUCGGGCAAUGCCAGCUCCAGGAGACUAAAGACCCACGGAGAACAGAGCGUUUGCCCAAACCUGCCAGCAUUCACCACUGAGCAUCCUGACCCGACGGCUCUGUCCAUAGACCUUGCAGCCCUCCAGAUACACAAUGGCUGUGCUCAGGCAACUAGGGUUGCUUCUCUGGAAGAAUUUCACUCUGCAGAGACGGAAGGUCCUGGUGACGGUCCUAGAGCUUGUCCUGCCCCUGUUGUUCUCCGGAAUCAUGAUCUGGCUUCGCCUGAAGAUCCAGUCAGAGAAUGUGCCCAGUGCCACCAUCUACCCACACCAGAAUAUCCAGAAGCUGCCUCUGUUCUUCAGUUUCCCACCCCCGGGGGGCACCUGGGAACUGGUGUACAUCCCGUCGCACAGCCAGGCUGUGAAGGGCAUCGCUCAGGCUGUAAGCCAGAAGUUGACGCUUGACUUCCGAGUGCACGGCUUCCCAUCGGAGAAAGAGUUUGAGGACUAUAUCCGCUACGACAAUCGCUCCUCGGAUGUGCUGGCUGCGCUGGUGUUCGAGCAUCCCUUUGAGUACAGCCAGGACCCCCUGCCACUGGCGGUCCAGUACCACCUGCGCUUCAGCUACACGCGGAGAAACUACAUGUGGGCACAGUCAGACUCGGGUCUCCCGAAGGAUACUGAGGGCUGGCAUACCCGUUCCCUCUUCCCGCUCUUCCCCAGCCCAGGGCCCAGGGAGCCCGCAGCCCCUGAUGGUGGUGAGCCUGGGUACAUCCGGGAGGGCUUCCUGGCCGUCCAGCACGCAGUGGACCGGGCCAUCAUGGAGUACCAUGCCGGUGCAGCGGCUCGCGGGCUGCUGGAGCAGGUCACUGUGCAGGCCAAGAGAUUCCCCUUUCCACCCUUCACAUCUGACCCCUUCAUCGUGGCCGUCCAGUACCAGCUGCCCUUGCUGCUCAUGCUGAGCUUCACCUACACGGCGCUCACCAUUGUCCGGGCCGUGGUGCAGGAGAAGGAACGGAAGCUCAAGGAGUACAUGCGCAUGAUGGGGCUCAGCAGUUGGCUACACUGGAGCGCCUGGUUCCUCCUCUUCUUCCUCUUCCUCCUGGUCAUUGUAUCCUUCAUGACGUUGCUCUUCUGUGUCAGGGUGAAGAAGGACGUGGCGGUACUGGUGCACAGUGACCCCUCGCUGGUGCUGGUCUUCCUGGCCUGCUUUGCUAUCUCUACCAUCUCCUUCAGCUUCAUGGUCAGCAGCUUCUUCAGCAAAGCCAACAUGGCGGCCGCCGUGGGGGGCUUCCUCUACUUCCUCACCUACAUCCCAUACUUCUUCGUUGCUCCCCGCUACAACGGCAUGACACAGAACCAGAAGCUGCUGUCCUGCCUCUUGUCCAACGUGGCCAUGGCCCUGGGGGCCCAGCUCCUCGGCAAGUUUGAGGCCAAGGGGGUGGGUGUCCAGUGGCGAGACCUGCUGAACCCUGUCACGGUGGACGAUGACUUCUCCUUCGGGCACGCGCUGGGCAUGUUGCUGCUUGACUCGGUGCUCUAUGUCCUGGUGGCCUGGUACGUGGAGGCCGUGCUGCCUGGCCAGUUUGGAGUGCCCCAGCCCUGGUACUUCUUUCUCCUGCCCUCAUACUGGUGCCGAGGCUCGAGAACGGCCUUGGGGAAGGAGGAUGAAGACCCCGAGAAAGCCCUCAGGAGCGAGUACUUUGAAGCCGAGCCUGAGGACCUGGUGGCAGGGAUCAAGAUCAAACACAUGUCAAAGCUGUUCCGUGUUGGGAGCAAGAGCAAAGCUGCCGUCAGUAACCUGAGCCUCAACCUGUAUGAGGGGCAGAUCACGGUCCUGUUGGGUCACAAUGGCGCUGGCAAGACCACCACGCUGUCCAUGCUCACGGGUCUCUUUCCCCCGAGCAGUGGGCGGGCCUACAUCAGUGGGUACGAGAUCACUCAAGACAUGGCGCAGAUCCGGAAGAGCCUGGGUCUAUGCCCGCAGCAUGACGUCUUGUUCGACAACCUGACGGUGGCAGAGCACCUGAGUUUCUAUGCGCAGCUGAAAGGCCUGUCCCAGCACAAGUGCCCAGAGGAGGUCAAGCGCCUGCUGCACAUUCUGGGUCUGGAGGACCAGCAGGACACCCGCAGCCGCUUCCUGAGUGGAGGCACAAAGCGCAAGCUCUCCAUUGGCAUCGCUCUCAUCGCGGGCUCCAAGGUGCUGAUGUUGGAUGAACCUACCGCAGGCAUGGAUGCCGUGUCCAGGAGGGCCAUCUGGGACAUUCUCCAGCAGCAGAAACGCACCCGCACCAUCCUGCUGACCACCCACUUCAUGGACGAGGCCGACUUGCUGGGGGACCGCAUCGCCAUCAUGGCCAAGGGGGAACUACAGUGCUGCGGCUCUUCCUUGUUCCUCAAGCAGAAGUAUGGUGCCGGCUACCAUAUGACGCUGGUAAAGGAGGCGCAGUGUGACCCUGAGGCCAUCACCCAGCUGGUGUGGCAGCACGUACCCAGUGCCACCCUGGAGAGCAGCGCAGGCGCCGAACUGUCCUUCAUCCUCCCCAAGGAGAGCACACACAGGUUUGAAGGCCUUUUUACAAAGCUGGAGAAGCAGCAGAAGGAGCUGGGUAUCGCCAGCUUUGGAGCAUCUGUUACCACCAUGGAGGAGGUUUUCCUGCGGGUUGGCAAACUUGUGGACAGCAGCCUGGAUAUCCAGGCCAUCCAGCUGCCUGCCCUGCAGUACCAGCAUGAGCGGCGGGCCAGUGACUGGGCAGUGGGCAGCCAGCUCUGCGGGGUCAUGGACUCAACUGACAGCAUCGGGGCACUCAUUCAGGAGGAGGGAGGCACCUUCCAGCUCAACAGUGGGCUUGCCCUGCAUGCCCAGCAGUUCUGGGCCAUGCUGCUGAAGAAAGCCAUGUUCAGCUGGCGCGAGUGGAGGCUGGCAGCAGCGCAGGUGUUGGUGCCCCUCAGCUGCAUCACGCUGGCCCUGCUGUCCAUCGACUACUCAGCCCAGAUUCUCGACGACCCUCUGCUGCGACUGACGCUGUCCGAGUAUGGCCGCACCGUGGUGCCCUUCUCUGUGCCCAGCCCAUCCCGGCUGAGCCCACAGCUGGCUGAGCACUGGAAGGACAUGCUGCAGGCUGAGGGCCAGGAGCCCCGUGAGGUGCUAGGUGACCUGGAGGAGUUCCUGAUUUUCAGGGCCUCUGUGGAAGGGGGUGCCUUCAACGAGCACUGCCUGGCCGCUGCAUCCUUCCAGGCUGAGGGCUCCCGAACUGUCAUCACUGCGCUGUUCAACAACCAGGCAUACCACACCCCAGCCACGGCACUAGCCCUUGUGGACAACCUGCUGUUCAGGCUGCUGUGUGGCCCGCAGGCCUCUAUCACCAUCUCCAACUACCCACAGCCCCGCAGCACUCUGCAGGUGGCCAAGGACCAGUUCAACGAGGGCCGGAAAGGGUUUGACCUCGCCCUCAACCUGCUCUUCGCCAUGGCCUUCCUGGCCAGCACCUUCGCUGUGCUGGCUGCGGGCGAGCGGGCUGUGCAGGCCAAGCAUUUGCAGCUGGUCAGCGGCGUUCGCGUGGCCACCUUCUGGCUGUCGGCCUUGCUGUGGGAUCUGCUCUCCUUCCUCGUGCCCAGUCUGGGGCUACUGGUGGUGUUCAAGGCGUUCGACGUGCACGCCUUCACGCGGGAUGGCCACCUGGCCGACGCACUGUUCCUACUCCUGCUCUACGGCUGGGCGAUCAUCCCCCUCAUGUACCUGCUCAGCUUCCUCUUCUCGAGCGCCGCCACGGCCUACACGCGGCUCACCGUCUUCAACAUCCUGUCCGGCAUCGCCACCUUCCUCGUGGUCACCAUCAUGCGCAUCCCAGCGGUGAAACUGGAAGAACUUUCCAGAACCCUGGACCACGUGUUCCUGGUUCUGCCCAACCAUUGUCUGGGCAUGGCUGUAAGCAGCUUCUAUGAGAACUAUGAAACCAGGCAGUACUGCACAUCAUCGGAGGUGGCGAUCCAGUACUGCAAGAAAUACAAGAUCCAGUACCAGGAGAACUUUUAUGCCUGGAGCAGCCCGGGAGUGGGCAGAUUCGUGGUCUCCAUGGCCGCCUCAGGGCUUGGCUCGCUGGUCCUGCUCUUUCUGCUGGAGACUGACCUGCUGUGGCAGCUGCGAGCUCGUCUCUGCACCUUCCGGAGGGGCCGCAUGCAGGAGGAUUUGUACACUGGUAUGACAGCACUUCCAGAGGACCAAGAUGUGGCUGUUGAAAAGAACAAGAUCCUGUCUUCGGACCUGAACACCCUGCUGGGCACACCUCUGAUCAUCAAAGAGCUUUCCAAGGUGUAUCCGCAGCAGGCCCCUGUCCGGGCUGUGCACCGGCUCUGCCUGGCCGUGCAGCGUGGAGAGUGCUUCGGCCUGCUGGGCUUCAACGGAGCAGGCAAGAGCAGCACCUUCAAGAUGCUGACGGGCGAGGAGACAGUGACAGCUGGGAACGCCUUUGUUGGGGGCUACAGUAUCUGCUCAGAUAUUGGAAAGGUGCGGCAGCGGAUCGGCUACUGCCCCCAGUUUGACGCGCUGCUGGACCACAUGACGGGUCGAGAGACGUUGGUCAUGUACGCACGGCUGCGCGGCCUCCCUGAGCGUCACAUCACAGCCUGCGUGGAGAAUACGCUGCGGGGCCUGCUCCUAGAGCCUCAUGCUGACAAGCUGGUCCGGACCUACAGCGGUGGCAACAAGCGGAAGCUGAGCACCGGCAUCGCCCUCCUGGGAGAGCCCGUGGUGAUCUUCCUGGAUGAGCCAUCCACUGGCAUGGACCCCGUGGCCCGGCGUCUGCUCUGGGACACGGUGGCGCGUGCCCGAGAGUCCGGCAAGGCCAUUGUCAUCACCUCCCACAGCAUGGAGGAGUGUGAGGCUCUGUGCACACGGCUGGCCAUCAUGGCGCAGGGCCAGCUGAGGUGCCUGGGCAGCCCGCAGCACCUCAAGAGCAGAUUCGGCAGUGGCUACGCCCUGCAGGCCAAGGUGCAGAGCACUGGACAGCAGGAGGCUCUGGAGCAGUUUAAGGCCUUCGUGCACCUCACUUUUCCAGGCAGCGUCCUGGAAGACGAGCACCAAGGGAUGGUCCACUACCACCUGCCUGGUGAGGACCUGAGCUGGGCCCAGGUGUUCAGCGCCCUGGAGAAGGCCAAGGAGCAGCUGGGCGUCGCCGACUACUCCGUGAGCCAGAUCUCAUUGGAGCAGGUCUUCCUCAGCUUUGCCCACCUGCAGCCACCCUUGGAGACUGAAGGCCCAUGAGCAGUGUGGUGAGCACUGCCCCGACUUCUGCUCUCAGUGUUCCUUUCUCCUAAAUUGCCCUUUUCUGUGGCACACGAAGAUCCAGCACGGGAUGGCCCGGCCCAGCGCCAGCUUAGGCACACGCAGCUGAGCAGUGACUGAAGCUAGCUCAGAAACGCAGGAUCCCGGCGAGCAUGGGCCUGCCCAGAACUGCACACUGGGCUCCCGAAUGAGGACAUGUAGCCCCUUCACUGGGCCUGCGGUACAGGGAUCCCUCUGGCCCCAGGACAUGUGGGGCACAGCUGCCCAGGAGGCACCCCUGAGGCCCUGCCUACUGCUCCACCAGCAUCUCCCAGAGGGGCGCUUCGGGGAGGGAUGCAGUCUCCCUGCCUCCCUGCACUUUUCCAGAACGAACUGGUCGGGUAGGCCAGAUAGGCGAGAGUGGUGGUGGGUACCAAGCUCCUGGCGAUCCUGCAGGAAAUAAAGGCCAGGAGGGCA